CUCUUCCCAGCACGUUCUCAGCCGCUGGGCUUCAGACCCAACCAGGGAGCUGCAAACGAGGCUCACCAUCCCUGGCGGGCGGGCAAGACUCCGGGUCCGCUGAGCGCUUCCCGCGUGUCCGGCUCUCGGAGUGCCGGCAGCCGGAGAGGGGCCAGGACUCCAGAGGUCCGGGGGUGCCUGUGGAAUCCAGUGCCUCUGGCUUCCCGGGUCCCCCGCAGCGGCAGCCCCAGAGCCACGCUCAGCCCCCCGCACCGCCGUGGAACAAGAUUCCUAUUGAGAACCCACUGCAAUUACCACAAUGGGCAGCAAAACUUUGCCAGCGCCAGUGCCCAUCCACCCUUCCCUACAGCUCACCAACUACUCCUUCCUUCAGGCAGUAAACGGCCUGCCCACGGUGCCCUCGGACCACCUGCCCAACCUGUACGGGUUCAGCGCUCUGCACGCCGUACACCUGCAUCAGUGGACGCUGGGCUACCCUGCCAUGCACUUGCCACGAUCCUCUUUCUCCAAAGUGCCCGGAGCCGUGUCCAACCUGGUGGACGCGCGCUUCCAGCUGCCCGCGUUUCCCUGGUUCCCUCAUGUUAUCCAGCCCAAGCCUGAGAUCACCGCUGGAGGCAGCGGCCCGGCGGCACUCAAGACCAAGCCGCGCUUUGAUUUUGCCAACCUGGCCUUGGCCGCCACGCAAGAAGAUCCAUCCAAGCUUGGCCGGGGGGAGGGUCCUGGCUCCCCCACGGGUGGGCUGGGCGCCCUCCUGGAUGUGACCAAGCUGUCCCCAGAAAAGAAGCCCACGAGAGGACGCCUGCCUUCCAAAACUAAGAAGGAGUUCGUCUGCAAGUUCUGUGGUCGCCACUUCACGAAGUCCUACAACCUACUUAUCCAUGAGCGGACGCACACGGAUGAGCGGCCCUACACUUGUGACAUCUGCCACAAAGCCUUCCGGAGGCAAGACCACCUACGGGAUCACAGAUACAUCCACUCCAAAGAAAAGCCUUUCAAGUGUCAAGAAUGCGGGAAAGGAUUCUGCCAGUCCAGGACUCUCGCUGUCCACAAGACGCUACACUCACAGGUGAAGGAGCUCAAAGCCUCCAAGAUCAAAUGCUAAGUAGAGUCUCCGGUCAGCAGGACCCUGGGUCCCGUCCGCCCUUCCUCCAGAGGGACCAGAAGCCAGGAGGCGACUCUGCCAGACCACGGGAAGGGCUCCCGGACCUUCCCUGGUCCCAAACACAGUCCCUUGGGUCCCGGGCACACGCAGAACUCCGGAGCCCCGCCCGGGGCCAUGACUCCGCUGCCCGGGCGACUCCCCCAGGACGAGGCUAAACUCUUGGCCAAAAGGCGGUACUCACGUGGCGGAAGGGAAACUGCAUUUAAAAAAAAAAAAAAAAAAAGAAGAAAGAAGAAGAAGAAUGAAAGCUCCGCGGAGCCACAGCGGCGCCUCUCCCAGAAGUAUUACUUUUCCUAUUGUUAUUUUAUAUGUUUUCUUUAUUAUUUUUUUCUUUGACCAUAUAAGCUUAUAACUCUGGCUGCAGAGAAAAAGGGGAGAAGAGGAAAAGAAGUUUUGCGUGCUCGCAGCUUCCCGUCCCCCCCCACCCGUC